AUGGCUGUGGUGUCAGAAAAUGUUGCGACAAAUGCUCUUGAAGUGAUGUUCGAAUCGUUUCGAGAAACGUCGGAAAAUGAUCGAGUACUAAAAGACAAAAUAAAUGAACUGGCGCAUGAAAUAGAAUAUAGGUUGUCAAAGGCUGUAAUGCUGUUGCAAAAAACACAUAGAUCCAAGGAUGCAAAAGAAUCAGCAGUAAUUUACUUUUCGAGUACAAAAUCGUGCCAGCUAAAUCAUUUAAAAGUUAUUUUCAGUUAUCUUGAUUAUUUCUUCAGAUAUCACGAAAAUUUCCGUUAUACUAUGCAGAAACUUUGUUUCAUCGUAACUUAUGCUCACUUUUUGGAGCACGAAGCUUUGAUAAGUCGAGAUAAUGUUGCAAAAAUCUUCAAUCUAAGUACCGACUCAGCAGCAGGAUUUCAUCUAGAUAUUGAGGACUAUUUGUUCGGCUUACUUCUACUUGCUAAUGAACUCUCACGAUACUCAUUUAAUGCUGUUAUUUGGGGUAACAAUGCAUUGCCUUUUAAAAUUGCUGAUUUCUUAUAUGAUCUGGAUGCGAAAUUUCGAUUACUGAAUUUAAGAAAUGACAAGCUGCGUAUAAGAUACGAUUCAUUAAAGUAUGACGUUCAAAAAGCAGAGCAAGUUGUUUAUGAUCUUUCAGUUCGUGGGUUGAAGCAAGAAAAGCAGCCGACAACAGCUUGA